CAGUUUAUUUUUGACCGUCGAGCCGAUUGGACGCGAAAUAAAUCCUGGUCCUUGGAUCGCAACCGAAACCGAAAAAGGGGGAACUUCCGGAAGUUUCAGAAAAAGUGUCUCUCUAUCGCAGCGCGAGUGUGUGUCAGUGUGCUUCUUUUAUUAACAAAAAAGACGUUCUUGAGCUGCUUCUGGUGUGGCGGAAGUUGUUCGGGUGUUCGCAAGUUGAAUUUGUGGCGCAAAACGAAGAUAACCUUAAUCGGGAAACGAGAUUUUAUCAAAGGAUUCUUUUAACUCGCUCUUUAACUCGAUUCAUUGGUGCGUGGCGUGUGGGAGUGGAAGAAAACUGCCGACGACGGUGUGCGUGGGGGAAAUUUCUAUAUCACAGGCUAUAUCAUCGCCGAGAUUUAGCCGGAUUUGGUAAAAAGUGUGUGUUUUUAACGAAUUUUGACUUAGUGCAUUGGAAAGGAAGUGGAGCAUCUUCUUCUGAAGAAAGAGGAAAAAGAUCGGAUUACAGUGAUUUGUUUGUUUGAGGAAAAGAAACGUGCGUGCUGUCAUCGAUUGGUGUCGCGCUGCUUUAAGGAUAUCCACGGGACAGCUGUUGCCCAGUGAUUUUGUGUUUUUUUUUUCUUCUGUGUGUGGGUUUGAAGUGAAGUAGAAGUUUAGGCGUGGGACAAAAGUGAUUUCCGAGGGCCCAUUUUUAAGCCCGCCCGGAGAACCAAUUUCGGAUGUAGCUACUCCCACCAUUCCUCAUCCUGAAAGCCAGCUCGGUCAAUGAAGCCUUCAAAAACGAACGGUGCUACGAAAAGUGUGAAACAAUCGCUGCUGCUGGGUUGCUGUCUUCUGGCGGCUCUGGUCCUUGCGGGAGGCCAACAGCGCCAUGUGGCGGAAGCGGUCCGGUGCGAUCGGAGUCCGGAGGGUUCCGGUGCGAGUAAAUCGCCCGCAGAUGGGCGCUUCCGGCUGAGGAUCUCCGGCAAUCCGGAGAAGUACGUGCCCGGCGAGUCCUACAUGAUCAGCCUGGUAGGCAUCCGGUCGAUGCAGGUGCCUCACAAGUUCUCCGGAUUCUUCCUGGCAGCGGAGAAAGAACUAUCGCUCAGCCGACCAGAUGCCACGGGUAAUGGGGGGCUACACAACGUAGGCACCUUCCAGCUACUCGGCGAUGCCCUGACGAAGUUCAGCGAACGCUGUCCGAAUGCCGUCACGCAGACCAGCUCGAUCCCGAAGAGUGAAGUCCAGGUUAACUGGGUUGCACCUCCGGCCGGAAGUGGCUGUGUGGCCAUCCGAGCUACCGUCGUAGAACAUCGGGACGUCUGGUACAUGGACGAUGGCCCGCUGAGUAAGAUCAUCUGUGAAGAUGAGGCCGAUUCGGUGGACACACAGCCUCCGGUGCUGAAAGAGUGCUGCGCCUGUGACGAGGCCAAGUACGAAUUGACUUUCGAGGGACUGUGGUCCCGGCAUACCCAUCCGAAGGAUUUUCCCUCCAAUGGGUGGUUGACCCGAUUCAGCGAUGUGAUCGGAGCUUCGCACACCGUCGACUACCGGUUCUGGGAGUAUGGUCAGGUGGCUAGCGAAGGACUCAAGCAGGUCGCCGAGCACGGCUCAACGAGAAUGUUGGAGAGUGAGCUGAAAAAUCAGAGCGACAAAAUUCGAACGAUCAUCAAGGCCCGUGGAAUAUCCUAUCCAAACGUUACGGGGAAAACAUUUGCAGUGUUCCGCGUAGACUCCAAUCACCAUCUGGUAUCGAUCGUAUCUAUGCUCGAUCCGUCACCGGAUUGGAUCGUCGGUGUUUCCGGCCUAGAACUUUGCCUAACAAACUGUUCCUGGAUCGAGAACAAAAUCUUGAAUCUCUAUCCCUGGGAUGCCGGUACGGAUAGUGGUCCAACCUACAUCUCCCCCGAUCAACCCACAAACCCCCCAGACGUCAUCCGUCGCAUCAAAUCCAACUACCCGAACGAUCCCCGAUCACCAUUCUACGAUCCAAGUGGAGCUGAGAUGAAACCCCUUGCCAGAAUCAUUCUCUCCCGGCAACGUCUCUACGAGAAGAAUUGCGACGCGGACAACGAGGAGGAUAACGAAGGCAAACAGGCCUGCGAAACGAUGCCCUGGGACGAGUGGGGUGAUUGCAGCUCCCGAUGUGGCAAAGGCAAACAAAUUCGGCGACGAGUGUACAAGAAUCCGCAGAAGGCACGGCAAGCAGAUUGCAAGAAAAAGCUGUUCGAUCGGCGGGCCUGCGUUGGAACCGAACAGGAUUGCGACUAUCAAACCGAUGAAGAUAUGGACGUGAUCUAUCAGGGUGAUCCGGAGUGUGCCGUUACCGAGUGGGGUCCGUGGAGUGAGUGUAGCACUCCUUGUGGCAAGGGGAAUAAGACAAGGUCGAGGAAGUACGUUAAGAAGGGAGCCCGUAAGAAGUGCGAACGAAUGCCGAAUCCUCCGAAGUUGCAGCAGACGGCGCCGUGCAGCGAGGAAUGCGCCGGAGAUAUUUCGCAACCGCUGAUGAGCUCUGAUAUCAAUCCGAAAUGCAAGAUGACCCAAUGGUCCGAGUGGGGUCCGUGCAGCGUAACCUGUGGACUCGGGCAGAAAAUGCGAACCCGGAUGCCGCUGGACAAAUCGUACAACUCCAACAGGCACCAGAAGCGCUUCAUCAACUACUAUCUGACCAAGCGGCGCCCGGUGGCCCACGACGAUGACGACGAGGACGAAGUGGAAGAAGAAAUGGACGACGUUGACAGCGGAUUGGCCAUUACUGACCCGAAUGAUCCCUGCUACGGAGUGGAAACGGUCGAGGAAGUACGCUGCGGCCACGAUCUGCCACCCUGCGAUGGACUGUACGGGGUUCCAGAACUUUGCUUCCUGGAUCCCAAACCGGGCAACUGUAGGGAUUCUCAAACCCGUUGGUACUUUGACAGCGACAAGAACGAUUGCUCCAUUUUGUUCUUCACUGGGUGUGGAGGAAAUAAUAACAAUUUCAUGUCCCGCGAGGAUUGUUUGGAUACUUGCAGCAAAGAUCGCAAGUUCACCAACAUUCCAAUUCGUGAUCAGCUGAGCACCAAUUCGGAUUACGGUGGAGACUUCAAGCAGGAUUGUAAAACGUCACACUGGAAGCGUGGACCGUGUAAUGCCACUUGUGGCGAAGGUUUCCGGGUUAAAAGCCGAACAAUUCUGAUUCAUCCCACGAACGGAGGUCAACGGUGUCCUCGGAAGCUCCGCAAGAUGGAACGCUGUUUUGUGCACUGUGACUCCUCACGGCACGAUACCAACCCAUCCUGGGGCCCAACUCGCUACUCACCGGAACCGAUCGAGUGCGAAUACUCCGCGUGGUCGGCCUGGUCACCCUGUAGCCGUACCUGUGGAGACUUUGCCGUACAGCAGCGAACCCGAUACGUGCUAAAUCCGGAGAACACCCGAUACUGUCCGCAUAGGCUCGAAGAGCGGAAGUGUGACAUCAUGCCGUGUUUGCUGGGCCAGUAAAACCCAACAGCAAUACCGAUGAAAAACGACAAUGAGUAAACAAUAACACAUAAAUCUGCAACAGCCAUUAUUUAGCGUGUAUUUCAGUAAAAAAAAAACAUUGUUAAAUUGUUUCUGCGUUAUAUCUCACUUAUUUAGGAAACGCGUUUUUUAGCAAAACGCUAGCACAGCUCUUUCUCAACAACAUACGUAAACGGUUAUAACAGUUAAAACACUCAAGCUACAUAUUACUCUUAGUUAACGAUUACAAUUUACAAUCGUCUUCUCUUAACACAAAUCACAAAACACUCACACUAAGCUAUUUUUUAUCAAAAGCAAAACCUGUAACCAAACAUCAACCAACAAAUAAGGCGCAACCAACUUUUGUAAAUCAAGCAAAAACCAAUCCUGAUGGCAAACCUUCCGGAUUAGAGCCGAUACGAACCCGUAGUAGAUGCUGUUCCGCAAAGUAGCAAGCAAGCAAACAAAUGCGAAGAAAUGGGAAGCAAUGAAUUUGUAGAACCAAUAAUUGAAAUGAAAUUAAAUCGUGAAAAAGAAAACAAAAAAAAUAAACAAAUCAAAACGAAACUGUGUAACAAAACAAUAAAAGAAAACAAUCUCCCAAAACACGUACACACAAACAAACCCGGUGUAGAAAAAUAAAGUGAUGUAACAAUAAA